AGUUUCUCGUACCCUUGUUCUGAAACAAACACUGAAAUGAAGAUCGUCUUCUUCAAUUUUUUCUUCUUUCUCUCCCUCCUCCAGUCUUGUGUCUGUGACGAUACGAUCAUGAGAACACAGUCCAUGAGAGAUGGUGAUGUCAUAUUCUCAGACGGGAAGAUAUUUGCAUUUGGAUUCUUCAGCCUUGGAGUUUCAAACCUCCGUUACGUCGGGAUUUGGUAUGCUCAAGUCUCUGAGCAGACUGUUGUAUGGGUUGCUAACAGAGACAGUCCCAUGAACGACACGUCUGGGGUGAUAAGGUUCAGCAGCAGAGGGAAUCUCUGCAUCUAUGCAUCAGUCAACACAACAGAACCUCUCUGGUCGACUAAUGUUUCAGACAGUGUCCCGGAACCAACUCUAGUUGCGAGACUCUCUCCUCUAGGGAACCUUGUUCUCCUUGAUACACUCACAGGGAGAGGUUACUGGGGGAGCUUUGAUCAUCCGACUGACUCUUCUCUUCCGUUUAUGAGGUUGGGUUUCACACGAAAAGACGGUUUGGAUCGCGUUCUGACGUCUUGGAAAUCUCCUGGUGACCCUGCUUCUGGAACUUUCUCGUUACGGAUAAAUCGCACGGGGUUCCCGCAGCUGAUUCUGUACAAAGGUCUGACCCCAUUGUGGCGUACGGGGUCGUGGACCGGGUUGAGAUGGAGCGGCGUUGUCUUCCAAAUCUUGUUUGUUAAUAAUCAGGACGAGGUAUCGAUGACUAACCGCGUGAUGGAUGCUUCAGUCAUAACAAGAAUGAUGGUGAACGAGACAGGAAAGGUGCAACGUCUCACAUGGAGCGCAAAGGAGAAGAGAUGGAAUGUGUUCUGGUCAAUUCCUAAAGAGGAAUGCGACAAUUAUGCACACUGCGGCCUUAACGGUUACUGCCGUCCCACAAGUUCAGAAGCGUGCACAUGCCUGCCUGGCUUUGAGCCAAAGAUGCCCCGGGAUUGGUUAUUGAGGGACUACACGGGCGGGUGUUCGAGGAAAAACGAAACUUCACUAUGCCGUGAGAAACAAGGCUUUGUGAAGUUAACGAACACGAAGAUUCCCGACACGUCAGUUGCACGUGUGGAUAUGAACAUAACAUUGAAGGAGUGUAAACUGAGGUGCUUACGGAACUGCUCUUGCGUCGCUUACGCAAGCGCUUACCACGAGGGUGUGGGAGGAGAAAAAGGGUGCUUGACAUGGCACGGUGAUAUGUUGGAUACAAGGUCACUCUUGAGUUCUGGACAAGACUUCUACAUACGUGUAGACAGGGAAGAGUUAGAGCGGUGGAACAAAAAUGGCUCAUUAGGGAAGAGGAGAGCCAUUAUCAUUGUCAUCAGUGUGAUUGCAGCCUUGAUGUUACUAGCUGUCAUUUCGUUCUGUUACGUAAGGAAGCGACGAAAGUCGAACAGGGAUAGAAGAUCCUCAACAACCUUGGCUCCAGGUUCUUUUGAUAUUAGUGACACAUUCAGAUUUGAAGAGGAUCAGGGGGGGAGAGAAUGGGAGUUACCUCUCUUUGAGCUUAACACGAUCGCUACAGCGACGAACAAUUUCACUUUCCGUAACAAACUUGGAGAAGGUGGUUUCGGACCCGUUUAUAAGGGGGUGUUAGAAAACGGUAUGGAGAUAGCAGUGAAGAGGUUGUCGAAAAACUCAGGCCAAGGAAUGGAAGAGUUCAAGAACGAGGUCAAGCUGAUAUCAAAGCUGCAGCAUCGAAAUCUAGUGAAGAUGUUAGGAUGUUGCGUUGAAUCAGAAGAGAAGAUGUUGGUAUACGAGUAUUUACCAAACAAGAGCCUAGACUAUUUCAUAUUCCAUGAAGAGCAGAGAGCAGAGUUGGAUUGGCCUAAACGGAUGGAGAUAAUAUGCGGGAUUGCUCGCGGAAUCUUGUAUCUUCAUCAAGAUUCAAGACUGAGGAUCAUCCACAGAGACCUCAAGGCCAGCAAUGUACUGCUUGACAACGAAAUGAUCCCCAAGAUUGCGGAUUUUGGCAUGGCGAGAAUCUUUGGGGGGAAACAAAUCAGAGGAAGCACAAAUCGGGUCGUCGGAACAUAUGGAUAUAUGUCACCUGAGUAUGCAAUGGAGGGUCAUUUCUCCGUUAAAUCCGACGUCUACAGCUUUGGAGUAUUGAUGUUAGAGAUCAUAACAGGAAAGAAAAACAGUGCUUUCCACAAGGAAUCAUCGAACCUUGUUGGACGUAUAUGGGAUCUAUGGAACAAAGGUGAAGCAACAGCUGUCAUAGACGACAAACUAAUGAAUCAAGAUAUUAAUGAUGAGAGCGAAGUGAUGAAGUGCGUACACAUUGGGUUGCUUUGCGUGCAAGAAAAUGCUUCGGAUAGACCAGACAUGCCCUCUGUUGUGUCCAUGUUUGGUCAUAACGCCAAUGACUUUCCUCCUCCCAAGCAUCCUGCGUUUACGUCGGGAAGGAAGCCACACGUCAAGAAUGACGACCUCAGUGGAGAAAACAGCGCUUCUGUUAAUGACAUUACUCUCACUGAUGUUUAUGGCCGUUGAAAUAUUUUGAAUUAUUGAGAGAUGUAUCUUAUUUUUGAUAACUAUGAAACAAGGAGGAAGCCGGAGAAGAAAUGGGGAAGAGUGGUGGUGGUGGUUAGCUCCCUGCUGAUGGAUCUGAUGUUUUCAUUGUUCCCAUGGUUUCUCCUCUUAUUACCUUUGUAAGACUUAUUUAUGAUCAUACUCUUUCUGGAUUAUGCUUAUUGGCUGAUGAAUUUACUGAGUUUAUCUUUGGGGUAGUGGUUAAAAUGUCACAUAAAAGUUUUUUUUUCCACAAACUCUUUAGGAGAAAUAAAAAGCAUAAAGUUAUUGCCAGUCAUUAUCAUCUUUAACUUCACCUGCUAUGGGAUGUAACUAU